AUGUCGACCAAACCCUCUCUCAAAGCUGCCGAGGACUUCCUCUCUUUCGUCAAUGCUUCGCCUACACCAUUCCACGCUGUCAAGUCAGCAAAAGAAAGGCUUGAGAAGGCCGGCUUCAAGCAAAUCAAGGAGCGCGACUCGUGGGCACCCACCCUCCAGCCCGGAGGCAAGUACUACCUCACCCGUAACACAUCCUCCAUCGUCGCUUUCGCUAUCGGCAACAAAUGGAAGGCCGGCAACCCCAUCGCCAUGAUUGGCGCCCAUACCGACUCUCCAUGCCUACGCAUCAAGCCUGUGUCUAAGCGAACAGGCGAUGGCUUUAUUCAAGUAGCCUGUGAGACAUACGGCGGUGGUCUCUGGCACACCUGGUUCGAUCGCGACCUCAGUAUCGCAGGUCGUGCCAUGGUACGAACAAAGGAUGGCAACAUUGAGCAGCGCCUGGUCAAGGUCGAGAGGCCCAUCUUGCGGAUACCCACUCUAGCCAUCCAUCUGGACCGCCAGGAGAACUUCCAGUUCAACAAAGAGACACAACUAUUUCCUAUUGCUGGCCUGGUCGCUGCAGAGUUGAACCGCCAGGGCAAGACCGAAGAGACCAAGGAGGAUAGCAAGGACACAGAGACCGAGGGCCCACUCGCUGCCCCAACUGCAAGGCACCACCCCUACAUUAUCGACAUCAUCGCCGAGGAGGCCGGCGCUGAGCCAAGUGACAUCGUAGACUUCGAGAUGGUUCUGUACGAUACACAGAAGUCGGUUAUUGGUGGCCUGAACAAUGAGCUCAUUUUCUCUCCGCGAUUGGACAACCUCAUGAUGACCUAUUGUAGCAUCGAGGGUAUCAUCAAGAGUCUCUCUGCAUCAUCCGCGUUAGAGAACGACUCGACCAUCCGACUCAUCGCAUGCUUCGACCAUGAAGAGAUCGGCUCCCAGACUGCACAGGGAGCGGACUCAAACCUGUUGCCUGCUGUAAUCCGCCGCUUGUCAGUGCUACCCGCCUCUGACAGCAACUCGGACAAGUCUUUUGAGAAGGUUGAAGCAGAUACUGCUACCGCUUACGAGCAAACGCUGGCCACAUCGUUCUUGAUCUCCGCCGACAUGGCCCACUCCGUGCACCCCAACUACCCAGCCAAGUACGAGUCCCAGCACAGGCCUGAGAUGAACAAGGGCACUGUUAUCAAGAUCAAUGCCAAUGCCCGGUACGCCACCAACUCACCAGGUAUUGUCUUGCUUCAGGAGGCAGCCCGUCGCGCGAAAGCGGCGUCUUACAAUCCAAAGUCGGCCAAAGAAGGUGUCCCGCUCCAGCUCUUUGUCGUCCGCAAUGACUCUUCCUGUGGUAGCACCAUCGGCCCCAUGCUAUCAGCAGCGAUGGGCGCUCGCACUCUUGAUCUGGGUAACCCUCAGCUCAGCAUGCACAGCAUUCGCGAGACUGGCGGUGCGCAUGAUGUUGAACAUGCUGUCAAUCUGUUCGACAGCUUCUUCGAGAAUUUUGAGGAACUUGAGAAGAAGAUUAUUAGCGUCUGUUCUCUGACGCGAACCGCUGUUUUGACAACUGACAUCAUGGCACCUCAAUUUCUGUCUGGCGACAAAAACGCCAUCGACGGAUUCUUGGAUAGGUUCGAUGUCUUCCUGUUCGACUGCGAUGGCGUCCUCUGGUCCGGCGAUCACCUAUUCGAAAAGGUCCCUGAGACGCUGGAAAUGCUGAGGAGUAAAGGCAAACAACUCGUUUUCGUCACCAACAACAGCACAAAGUCCCGAGCGGAUUACAAGAAGAAGUUCGAAAAGCUCGGCAUCCCCGCCGAGGUGGAAGAAGUCUUUGGAUCCUCUUACAGUGCCGCGGUAUACAUCGCCCGCAUUCUCAAUCUCCCUGCGCCGAAGAACAAAGUCUUUGUGCUCGGCGAAAGCGGCGUGGAACAGGAACUCGAUGCCGAAGGCGUCCCAUACAUCGGCGGCACAGACCCCGCCUACAACCGUGAAUUCCGACAGCCAGAAGAUUUCGAGGCUAUCGCGAACGGCAGCCUGCUCGACCCCGAUGUUGGCGUUGUGCUGAGUGGACUGGACUUCCACUCAAACUACCUCAAGACCGCAAUCGCUUUCCAGUACCUUCAGCGUGGUGCCAUAUAUCUCGCUACGAAUAUCGACUCUACGCUGCCAAAUGCGCAUACCUUGUUUCCUGGUGCUGGUGCUUCGGGCGCUUCGCUUGAGAGGGCUAUUGGCAAAUCGCCAUUGUCUUUGGGAAAGCCAAGUCAAGCUAUGAUGGAUGCCGUAGAGGGCAAAUUUAAAUUCGAUCGUAGCAGGACCUGUAUGGUGGGAGAUAGGCUGAACACGGAUAUCCAGUUCGGCAUCGAUGGAAAGUUGGGCGGCACACUGGCUGUACUCACAGGUGUCAGCAAAAAAGAAGACUUUUUGGCCGAGGGUGCGACGACUGUUCCCACGGCCUAUGUCAAUGCGCUGGGUGAUCUGCUGGGUUAG